AUGCAGCUUCACGGGGAUUUGGUGCCGCUGUGGGACAUGGCGGCGCGCGUUGCUGUCAACGGGACCAUCCUCGUGGUGAUUUCUGACGCGGGCUACACUGACAUGCUGGAGAACUGGGUGCGCCACGUCAGCAAUGCGGGGCUAGGAGCGCACUUCAUUCUUUUCGCAGAGGAUGAGGAGACUCUUAGGUUCGGCCAGACCAGAUGGCCCCGGCAGACAAUCCGCCUGGCCCUUCCUGACCAAUCACUCUCCGCCACCUGGCAGGCCUCCUCCGAAGCACUCUUCCCACACUCCCCACACUCCGCCACACGCGCAGGCACUCUCUCCUUCCACCUCCUUGCCUCCCGCCGCAUUCUCUACCUGCUCCACCUCCUCUCCUUCGGAUUCAACCUCCUCUAUUCCGACACCGACGUUGCCAUUCUGCGCAACCCUCUCCCAGAAAUUACCGCCGAUCCCAAACAGACAUUUGACAUGGCAAUUACUCUCGAUGGUUACGAGUCGAAUUGGCAGAAGAAAGCGGUUCAGGUGGAGAGUUACGGCGUUGCGAAGCUAGCUGACCGAAAACUUUCCGUUUCGAGCUCGCUGCUUUUUCUCCGCCCGACGUCGGGAGCUAAGUGUUUGGUGGGGGACUGGGCGAACAGGCUGAUGAAGUUAGGGAGGGACGAAGGGACAGAGCAGGAGCACUUAAACGCGCUGAUUGUUGAAAUGGAUAAGUUCGGUCUUUUGCCGAGAAUCGCCGUGCUGCCCGCGCAGAAAUUUUUGUCCGGGCAGCUGCUGCUGGAGGAUGAUUGGGCGACGGUGGAGGCUUUGAAGGGGGAGCUGGUGACCGUGCAUGCGGGCGGGCUGAUGGGAAAAGACGCCAAGAGGUAUGCUCUGAACAAAAUAGGGGUUUGGAUUGCCGAGUCGGAUGCAGCAGCAGCGGCGGCAGCAGCGGCGGCAACGGGGGAAGGGAGUGGAGGGAAGGAAGCAGCAGCAGGAGGAGAAAGAGGGGAAGCAGCAGCAGCAGCAACAGCAGGAGGCGGGGAAAGGCUGAAUGAAGGGGAAGCAGGAGCAGGGACGAAGUCUGAGCCUGCUUCCUUUUCAAACGAGGACAGCAAGUGGCCUAGCACGACCGAAACCAGCACCCUCAGCAGCAGCAGCAGCAGCAGCAGUGUGGGUGCAGGGGACAAGGGGCCCUUCUGUGUGGGGCUGCUGUGUCCUGAGAUGCAUGUAUCGGAGGAGGAGGUGGUGCUGCUGUCCGUGCAGCCGUGGGUGCCGCGUCACGUUGAGAAGAUGGAUGCUCUUGUUCCCAUGGUGGCUUCAGCUGACCGCUUUGUGAUCGUCACUGCAGCCUGCAAAGGCCAAGUGCCGCUCUUCACCAACUGGUUCAACGCCAUGCACUCUGCUGCCAUGGCUGGCCAUGUAAUCGCCUCAGUUCCCCAGGAGGUGGAGGGUACGAGUGAAGGCCUGUUGAGGCAGCCAGAGGAGAGCGAGUCAGACCACAAGGCAGCCCUCACGUGCCUGCUGCUGCCCUUGCUGCUGAUGGAGCGAGUGUUGAAGCUCGGCUACAAUGUCAUCUACAGCCCUCCCCUCCUCCGUCCCUUCAUCCACGCAACCACCUCUUUGCCUCUUGCCCCUCCCACAUGCAGUGACAUUUCCUCUGUAUGGCUCCAAGACCCGCUCCCGUUCCUUCCUCCAGAGUUCAACGCAGCCCUCCCCUCCUCCGUCCCCUCAUCCACCCAACCACCGCCGCCCUCCAACAACAAAAUCGACAGCAAACUCAAACGCACCCUACCAAUUUCUCGCCCCGACUUGGGAUAUUUCUCUCCCUGGUUCGCCGCCCUUCGCCCAUCCCGGCCAAUUCUCCUGAUGCUGAAAGAAUGGGCUGUUCUCUCGUUGGAAGAUUACCGAGAAAGAACAGCCGUGGCGCAUAGAAACUCCCUCGUGCGCUCGCUGUCCGCGUCGGAGAGCUUAAAAGUGGGGCUGAAUGAGGCUAUAACGAGGAUGGUGGAGGAGGGCGAGCCGGGGUCAAAUGUUGGCGUGUUGUCGCGGUGGUUGUUUCCGCCUGUGUGGAAGGUGAUGGGGGAGAGGGAAUGGUUUGCGAGGCAUAGGGAGGAGGUAGUUGUUGUGCCCAAUGAUUGCGGGGAUGAUGUGAGCCAUAGGGAGAUGUGCUUCAGGGAUCUGAAGCUGUGGGUGUAG